CCAGGAGGGAGAGGAGGGAGGAGAGCCGCCGCAGCAGCUGGAGCCGGAGCAGUAGCGUCGUAGCCCCGCUUUCAGCCUGCAUGGGCUAGUCCGUUAGCUAGCUUUAGCAUCGCCAGCCAGCGCCGAGCCGCCUCUCCCGCAAGCCGUUCACCCCGGGACCUCCUCUCCGCGCCUCCCCGGCCCUGCCUCCCCCCUCUCCGCCCGGCUUCAAGAUGAUGAAGUUUAGGUUUCGUCGACAGGGCACCGACCCGCAGAGGGAGAAGAUAAAGCAGGAGCUUUUCGCCUUCAACAAGACGGUGGAGCAUGGGUUCCCCCAUCAGCCCAGUGCUUUGGCCUUUGACCCCAGGCUGCAACUCAUGGCCAUCGGCACAAAGUCCGGAGCCAUCAAAAUCUAUGGGGCUCCGGGUGUGGAGUUCACGGGACUGCACAAAGACACCACCGCCGUCACACAGAUGCACUUCCUGCCUGGUCAGGGUCGGCUCCUGUCGUUGCUGGAUGACAAUACGAUUCACCUGUGGGAGCUGGUGGCCGGCCCCCCCAGGGAGUUGGGAGGAGUUAAGAAAGAGGGUGUGGUGUCUCUGAAUGAAGUGGGGAGCUACAGCCUCCCGGGGAGACCGGGCAUCGAGAGCUGCAGCGCCACUCGUGUGACUGUCCUCCUCCUGCUGAAGUCGUGUGACCUCCUCUGUAUUGGAACAGAAGGAGGAGGCGUGUACUUCCUGGAGUUGCCCCGCCUCCUACUGAAGGACAACCUGACGCUGCCCCAGGAUCAGAUCACACAGAGCUUGCCAGACGAUUACAGGUGUGGGAAAUCUUUGGGUCCGGUGGAGUCUCUUCAGGAGCAUCCUCAGCAGUCUGGGAAGAUUCUGAUUGGCUACAGCCGAGGCCUGGUGGUCCUGUGGGAUCUGAACGCUCGACACGCUGACCAGCUCUUCCUCGGCAAACAGCAGCUGGAGAGCCUGGUGUGGGAGCGUUCAGGAAGCUUAUUUGUCAGUUCUCACAACGAUGGCGGCUAUUCGGUUUGGUCUGUUACCAGUGGCAACGCCUGCAACCCACAGCCAGUGUCUUCCACCAUCCCUUACGGUCCGUUCCCCUGUAAAGCCAUCAAUAAGAUCCUGUGGAGGACGACACAGGCUGGGUCCCCGGUCCUUCUAUACAGUGGGGGGAUGCCCAGAGCCAGCUAUGGCGACCGCCACUGUCUGACCAUCCAGCAGGACAAGGAUCACGUCACGCUGGACUUCACGUCUCGAGUGAUUGAUUUCUUCACUGUCCACAGCGUGGAGCAGGAGAAAGAGUUCGAUGACCCCUCCGCCUUGGUGGUGUUAUUGGAAGAGGAGCUGGUUGUUAUUGAUCUCCAGACGCCCGGGUGGCCCUCCCUGCCCACUCCGUACCUCGCUCCUCUUCACUCCUCGGCCAUCACCUGCUCCUGUCACAUCUCCAGCGUCCCUCCCAAGCUGUGGGAGAGGCUGGUCAACGCGGGCCGGGCGCAGCAGGGCCGGCAGCACACGCACAGGAGCUGGCCUAUCUGUGGCGGGAAAAAUCUGGCACCUCCACCCAAACAACAAGAGCUACUAUUAACUGGGCAUGAGGACGGCACCGUCCGUUUCUGGGACGCUUCGGGCGUCGCUCUCACGCCGCUGUACAAACUCAGCACAGCCAACGUCUUCCACACUGACUGCGACCCCUGUGACGACCCUCAGGACCCCGGCAACGACCCCGACAUGCAGCAGGAGGAGGAAUGGCCUCCCUUCAGGAAGGUGGGCUGUUUUGACCCCUACAGCGACGACCCCAGGCUCGGCAUCCAGAAGAUCAGCCUGUGCAAAUACAGCAACAAGCUGCUGGUGGCUGGAACUGCUGGACAGGUGAUCGUGCUGGGCUUGAACGACGAGCGGUCGGACCACUCGGUGGACGUGUCUGUGGUCGACCUGCUGCAGGACAGGGAGGGCUUCACCUGGAAGGGCCACGACAGGCUGGAGCCGCGCCUUAAGCCCGCCCCUUUCCCCCCGGGCUUCCAGCCGCAGGUGCUGGUGCAGUGCCUGCCUCCAGCCUCGGUGACGGCGGUGGCGCUGCAUGCCGAGUGGAACCUGAUCGCGUUCGGGACAAGUCACGGAUUCGGUCUGUUUGACUACCACAGAAGAAACGCAGUUCUGGCCAGAUGCACCCUGCACCCUAACGACUCCUUGGCGAUGGAGGGACCACUAUCCAGAGUGAAGUCCCUGAAAAAGUCCCUGCGCCAGAGCUUCAGACGCAUCCGCAAAAGCAGGGUUUCCGGGAAGAAGCGCACCAUCACGACGCCCACCAGCAAGGUUCAAGAGGCCAACGCCGCUCUGGCAGAGCAGGAAGAAGUGGCGCCGGUCCAGAGGAGGAUUGAGCCCCGGUCAGCUGACGACUCUCUGUCAGGAGUGGUCCGAUGUCUGUGCUUCGCAGACACCUUCCUGCGUGACGGCACACACCACGGCCCGACGCUGUGGGCCGGCACCAAUUCGGGCAGCGUGUACGCCUACGCUCUGGAGGUGCCCGGCGUGGGUUCGGGCCGCGCGUGCGAGAGGGGCGGAGCCAGCGAGAGCAGCACGUGCGUGGAGGCGGUGCUGGGUAAAGAAAUCCAGCUGAUGCACAGAGCGCCCGUGGUGUCCAUCUCGGUGUUGGACGGUCGGGGGAAACCGUUGCCCGACCCGUACGAAGCGUCCCAGGACCUCGCCAUCGCCCCGGACAUGACCAACGCUCACUCUGUCCUCAUCGCGUCAGAAGAGCAGCUCAAGGUCUUCUCCCUCCCAAAAGUAAGCGCCAAGACCAAGUUCAAGCUGACGGCGCACGAGGGCUGUCGGGUGAGGAAAGUGGCCCUGGUGGUCUUCAGCUCGGCGGUGCAGGAGGAUUACAGCGAGCACACGCUCGUCUGUCUGACCAACCUCGGAGACAUGCACCUCUUCAACAUACCUGGCCUCCGACCGCAGGUGCGUUAUGACUGCAUCCGUAAAGAGGACAUCAGCGGCAUUGCCUCCUGUGUUUUCACCAAGAAUGGACAGGGGUUUUACCUGAUCAGUCCCUCGGAGUACGAGAGGUUCUCGCUGUCUGCUAAGGUCCUCACCGAGCCGCUGUGCUCUGUGCAGCUGGACCGACCGCUGGAGUUCACACUCGCCAGCGACGGUACGACGACGCAGCCGCAGGCCAAUGGAACCCACAAGAACCAGAUGGGUCACGUCGAGGGCCAAGCUGAAACUCCGAGCUCCCUGUCCUCCCCCGUCCUGGAAACCCCGCUGGACUCCCCCCUCAGCUGUGCUGAUCUCACCCUGGACUCGACGGGAGAGCUCACCGUGGAGGACGUCAGGGAUUUCCUAACGACUGUCGAUGAGGCGGAGAACAACCUGAAGAACAUAAAGGAAGAGGAGGGACGCUCGCCCGGCAUCCUCAUCAACUGAACAGUGUUCCAGGCGGGGCUCAGGUGGUCUCUGAUGGACCGGAUUUCAGUGCUGGACCACAAACUUGUCCCAUCAGCCCACUGCGGAGCCCCCGGACCGAACGCCGCACUCUCCUGUUGGCCGGGAAAAGUCUUACCAUGAACUCAUAAAGCGACACGUU